UUUCUGUUUGUAUUGACUUGGCCUUAGAUAACAGUGAUUUAAAGGGAACCUUAAGCUUGAGUUCUCUGAAGUGCCCUUCUUUUGGAGCAUAUGAUACUAAAAGGUCUUGCCUGAAGCACAUCUAACCUCUUUUUGCAGUGAUCCUGUGAACAGCAAUGUAUGGAAUGAAAACACUGAGCUGUAAUUUCUAGAAAACAUAAUGUGUGCCAUACUUUGGGAAUAUUCAUUGGUCUCUCUCAAGAUUUCACAGGUUGUGACUGUCAAUUCACCGUAUUCCAGUAGUCCUUGCAAGCUGUUAAUUUCAAAAAUAAAACAUUAAAUUCCAAGAAUCAAAGUUUCCAAGCAACCAAACCCAGCAAACAAAACUAUUGUACAUGAUAUUUACAUCUUUGUUGCCUGGGAAUCCUGUUGCUGCUCCACACCUCACUCCAAACACUUGCUAAAAGCACGCAAUGGUUCUUGCAGCUGCCUUGCAGUUUAGGAAAGAUCAAGUCACAGACACAUAGAUCAAAGAGUCAUGAUUCCUAGCCAUGAGUAGUCGGGAGUUGGUCGUUCUGAGUGUGGGAGGUGUGAGAUUUGUAACCCGGGCUUCUACCUUGCAGCAGUUCCCUGAGUCCAGGUUGGCACGGAUGGUGAAUGAUGAUGACCGGGAAUUUAAACUGGUGAAUGGAGAGUUUUUUGUGGACAGAGAUGGAACUUUGUUUGGUUACAUUAUGGACUUCUUGAGGACUCUCCAGGUGUCCUUACCAACUGAUUUCUCAGACUAUCAGAGGCUGCAGAGAGAAGCAGAAUACUAUGGACUUUACCCCCUGGCUGACCUCCUGAGCCAAGAACAUUUACUGAAGCCCAGGCUGGAGAUCUUGGAAGUGCGUUUUUCUCUCCAAGAAAUGCAGGCCUUUUUCCGGAUCUUUGGUUCCUGCAGUACCACUAUCGAGGCACUAACUGAGCAGAUCACUGUGUUUACAGGGCAGCAGUCAGGACAGGGCUGGAACAGCCCCUUUACUUCUCAGAAACAACUCGUUCCACUUCCUUUGGAAAGACCGUCUCAUCAUGAUCUGGUUUUUCUGUGUGGUACUGAGUAUUCUGCUGGUGACCAGGUCGUGGCCAGGUAUGUUUCCAUAAAGCCUGAUAAUAGAAAGCUGAUUAAUGGCACUAAUGUGCUAGGCCUGCUGCUUGACAGUUUACUUAAAGAUGGAUUUCGCCUCAUAAGCACCAGGACAGUCGCCAGUGAAGAGAAGGUUGAAUGCUACACUUUUGAAAGGAUGAAGAGGGCAGCAGGCCUUGCCAUCAUGGUGAACCAAACUGCAGGGAGCUCUGGGGUAGGACAGGCAAGGAGAAGCUAAGUGCAG